UGUCGUUGCCUUCACUGUUCCCUAAAGUAUCUUUUCCAAUGUUUGCUCACUUUUAAGAGCUAAUAAUGCUCAAUCAGCAUUUGUAUUUGGAUUGUAAUUAAACAGAUAAUAACGGCGUGACUCGCAGAAGUGCGAGCUUUACUUUUCGGCAGAAUGUCGAGCUGCGUGGCCUUACAGACGCAUGUUGCGUCCGUAAUAGAGGGGUUCGUUUACGCUGCCAUCUCCGAAAUGAGCAAAAUCAUGGGAUUGGAGACGAUGCUGUUUCUUACUAGUGAUGCUUUUAUAGAUGAGAGUACAAUGGAGCUGGCCCAUUUAAAAAUAAAGACGGAAAAGGAGCAGAAAAUGAAGCAGUUUGCAUCAGUUAUGGAAGUAUUGGGCAAUGAAGCUCUUGGGAAAAUAAUCAACCUUGUUGAUGAAACCAAAUUCUUGUUGGACCUGGAGUGCCAAACGUUUUCAGGCAAGCAAGCAAAGCAGCCAGGCUGUAUCUUGAACAUUCUGUCUGUUGGAGGACUUGAAGAGGAACAUUCUUAUGAUGGAAGUGCAAGAAACCUGGAAAACAGAACGACAAAUGAGUCUGAUGAGACCAUAGACGACAGACCAGAAUCUCCUCUGAUGCUGGCGGUGACCAUAAAACAUGAAUUUGGAGAAAUUGACUUGAAAUCCAUAACUACAUGUCACUUAAACGCUACUUUAGAAGACGGAGUAACAUCUGCUUUACAAGAAGGAAGUGAAGAACCCCAAGACGGUGUUACAGUCGGUAGAAAAGCCUCCUUUAUUUGUUCUGAGUGUGGCAAGAGUUUCUCUUCGCCCAGCAACCUAAAAUCACAUCAGCGCAUACACACUGGAGAAAAACCUUAUGGCUGCGUCCUCUGCGGCAAGGCUUUUGCUCACAAACAGAGCCUGUCCGACCACCAUCGAGUCCACACGGGAGAAAAGCCAUUCGUUUGCAAAGUCUGCGGGAAAUGCUUUGGGAAGGCCGCACACCUCAAGACCCACGAAAUAAUCCACACCGGCGAAAAACCGUUUAGCUGCGACAUCUGCGGAAAAAGGUUUAACAUUGCUCAAAAUCUCGCCAGGCACCAGCUCACCCAUACCGGGGAAAAAGAGUUUCGAUGUUCAAUUUGUCAGAAAGGUUUCACGCGGGCCAUAACGCUUAAAACUCACCAGCUUAUCCACACGGGCCAGAAGCCGUACUCUUGCGUGUCGUGUGGCAAGGCCUUCCGACACGCCGUCAACCUCAAAAAUCACGAGCGCAUCCACACGGACCUGAGGCCGUUCAGUUGCGACCUAUGCGGCAAGACCUUUCGACAGGCUGUUAAUUUGAAGAUCCACAAAAGGAUCCACACAGGAGAGAAACCGUUUAGCUGUAAGGACUGCGGGAAGAGCUUCAGUCAACAAAGUAGUCUGAUUUCACACGGACGCACGCACUCCGGCGAAAAACCCUUCGGGUGCAGCUUCUGCGAUAAGUGGUUCAAUAAUACAAACAGUUUAAAGUUACACCAGAGGAUUCAUACUGGCGAAAAGCCUUACAACUGUGAGUACUGCGGCAAGUGUUUCAGUCAAGGCAGUCACCUGCGUACUCACAAACGACACAUUCAUGGAGGGGGGAAGCAGUACAUUUGCGAUAAAUGCGGAAAGAGAUACGCAGAUCCUCGCAAUCUAAAGUUUCACAAAUGCAUUUAUGCUUAGACACCUAAACGUGAAUGCUAUGUGGACCACGUUUGUCAUAGUGAAGAGAUAUUUUGAACCAUGUUUGUGUGUUUAUUACCGAUUUGAGUUGAGUUUAUAUUUUUUUAUAAAAAUAAUGUAUGCUAAUAUAUACUGUACUAGUAUAGUAAUCGUCAUAUCAUGGUUAAUAUCACGGAUACUUUUUGAAAGUAUUAAAUUCAUAUCCUAAUCCUGCUUAAAGUUAUUUGUUACUGCUUAGCAGUGUAGUUCAUAUGCUUUGUACCUUUUGUUUUCAUUGAUAUUGAGUUUAAAUAUCACACACUAAUGGAGAAACUCGUUUUAAGCCAGUAUGCAUUAAAAAAAAGUUUUUUUGUCUGUUUUAUACUCUGAGAUUGAAUACAGUAGAUUAAAGUAUAAUGAUGUUGUCAUAUGGAAGAUAUGUGUGAGAAUAAAGAUGAGCCUUUUAAAAUGUAAGGCUAAAGGCUUAAGUGGUUAAUGGAUGGUUUUCAUCAUAAACGUUUUUACUGUUAUUUCUGCCUUUGUUUUUAUUUCAGAAAAUAUUGCAAAGUGCAGUGAUCUUGCACUUGCAAUCUGAACUGCAAUUCUCAUUAAUGCAAAUGUAUUGCAGAAAGCUCAGUCAUUACUAUUCAUCCCUUAUUUGCAUUAUUUACGGAAAAGUGAAAUGGGGGAAUUAUUAAAAUAACAAAAAAGAUUAA